CUCCUUACUCAGAGUAAUGUCUUUCUCUGCCACUCUCUAGUGUGAGUGGUGAGUGGCUCUCACUCUUUCCUGCACAGCCAAAUGUAAAUGAAUAUUUUGUUUUGAUUUAUGCGAUCUUGAAAAGUGAGAAAAUUUAAUCUGAUUUCUUUGCGUAGUUUGUUGUUAAAAAUAAAAAAACAAGAAGCAAAUAAAGUAAAAAAAUACAGAAAAGUAUAAAAAAAUUAAUACAAUUAAAUAUUUUGUUUUGUGCUUGAAGUGUGUCGCAAUCAAUUGAUUGCAAAAUUAUAAUUAUUGGUUUACAAUAAGAAAGCAAAUAAUAUUUAAAUGUGCAGUGAAAUAACAUAUUUCCCCUCUUAAAAUCGAAAGGGAAGAAAAUUGCAGCGUUUUGUUUAAGCAAAUUAUUUUUAAUCGAAUACAUUCCAUUCAAAGUUUCUAAUAUUUUCUUCGCUCUAAGUAAAGUUACUUUGACAUGGAGUUAUAUACUCAUUUAAUCAAUCAUCAAAUCUUCGAAAUUGUCGUUAAAAACAAUCUUCAACUAUAAUUAAAUAAAAUCGUUAAUGUGUUUAAAACUUUAUACUAGAACGCUAGUAGAAUAAUUAAAUUUUUAUACCGGAUAUCAGAAUUUUACUCUGAAAUAUAAUACAAAAAAGUUGAGUGUGCUUACUUGUUCCUAGUUCACUUCGGCGCUUCGUUACUUGUUUUAAUACAAAUAAACGAAGUUCGACCGAAACGACAAGGACAAGUAGAAAGCAGCGCAACUAUAUAAAUAAAAUUGUAUUUAUGGAUGCAGGAGGUCUUCCAGUAUUUCAGAGCGCCAGCCAGGCAGCUGCCCACCAACAGCAACAGCAACGACAACAACAACAACAUUUAAGCUUGCAAUUGCAACAACAACAACACUUGCAACAUCAUACACAUCAACAGCAAUUACAUCAGCAACAAAGUUUAAGUUUACAUUUGCAACAACAACAACAGCAUCAGCAACAAUUGCAAGCAUCACAACAACAGCAAUUACAUAAUGUGCAACAGCAACAACAGAUACAAGUACAACAACAGCAACAUCACACGCAACAACAGCAAUCUCAAGCGCAACAACAACAGCAGCAGCAACAACAACAACAGCAGCAGAAACAGCAGCAACAAUCACAACAUUCUCCCUACAAUCCAAAUGUUGCAACAGCGGGAGGCGGAAUUGGCGGCGGUCUUGGCCCUGGCGGCAACGGAAAUGGCAGCUCUGCAGCAGGAACAACAUCAACGGCAUCACCACAAGGUAGCGAUAUUUUACCACCAAAACGACAACAAAUGUUCGAUCGUUUGCGACGACGCAUGGAAAGCUAUAGACGUCGGCAAACUGAUUGUGUGCCACGGUACGAACAAACAUUCAACACGGUAUGCGAACAGCAAAAUCAUGAGACAACCGCUUUACAAAAGCGUUUCCUUGAAAGCAAAAAUAAACGUGCCGCCAAGAAAACUGAGAAGAAACCCACGGAGGCCACAAUGUUGGCGGGAAAUCUGCAAAGCAGUGUACAUGUGCAACAAAAGUUUUUAAAACGACCAGCGGACGAUGUCGACAACGGAGCUGAAAACUUUGAACCUCCACAUAAACUGCCAAAUAAUAAUAACAACAAUAAUAACGGCUCUGAAAAUCUUACAAAAUUCUCUGUAGAAAUUGUACAACAAUUAGAAUUUACAACCUCGGCUGCCAGUUCACAACCUCAACAAAUUAGUACGAAUGUUACAGUGAAGGCACUAACAAAUACAUCAGUUAAAAGUGAACCAGGUGUUGGCGGUGGUGGUGGCGGCGGUAACGUCGGCAAUCCAAACGAUCCUCAAGGAGGAGCCGGCAUACCUAAUAAUGGUCGCGGAGGUGGUGGUAAUAAUAAUGGCAUGGGUACACAUAUGGGUGGCGGUAAUCCAGGACAAGGCGGUGUUGCAGGCAGCAACCUAAUGGGUGGGCAUAAUAAUUCGAAUACGGCGCAACAACAACAAAAGGCAACGCUGGGUGGACUCGGUAAUUUGGUUGAGUGCAAGCGUGAGCCUGAACAUGAUUUUGCCGAUCUGGCAGGUCUAAAAGAGGAAGGUGGUCCAAAUGGCAAUUUCCCCGGUUUUCCGGAUCUUAUGGGUGACGAUACAACAGAGGGUAAUGAUACCUUUAAAGAUCUCAUCAGUGAUUUACAGGAUUUCAACCCUGGUUUUCUUGAUGGUUUUGAUGAGAAGCCAUUGUUGGAUAUAAAAACCGAAGAUGGCAUUAAAGUGGAACCACCAAAUGCACAAGACUUAAUUAACAGUUUAAAUGUUAAGUCUGAGAAUGCUAUGGCACAAUUCAAUGCAGCAUUUGGUGGUGGUCCACUAAAUAGUAAUCCAAAUGUGGGUGGUAUGCCCGUUGGGUCAAUGGGUGGUGCAAAUACUGAUACGCAAGUGGGCAUGAACAAAAUGCGUUCACAAUUUCAAAAUGGUCCGAAUAAUGGACCUAUGUCAGAACUCUCAUUGGCAGCGGCACAAACACUUAAACAAAUGGCUGAACAGCAUCAACAUAAAAAUGCUAUUGGUGGCAUGAGCUACCCUAGACCACCGAUGCAUCAGCCACAACAAAAUCAAAUGAUGGGUGGUCCCAAUGGUCGUUACAAUGAGUAUGGUGGUUUUGGUAAUGACUUUAUGGGUCCUAAUGGACCACAACAACAACAGCAACAGCAGCAACAACAACAACAGCAGCAACAGCAACAACAACAACAACAUUUACCACCACAAUUCCAUCAAAAGGUACCUGAUGUUGUGCCAGGUGCUGGUGUUAAUCAAUCCUUCCUCGAUAUGAAACAAGAAUUUUAUUAUAACUCACAAAAUGAUUUCGAUCUCAAACGUUUACAACGACAGACACAAAUGCUUCAACAACAACAUCACCCUCACGGUCCACAACAGACACAUGCAAAUGGUCCAAAAAUGGGUCCACAAGUGCCGAGUGGAUUUCCAAAGCCUGGUCAAACGCAAUCUCAACAACAAAAUAAUCCACAACAACAAUACUCGCCCUAUAACUCACCUAUGGGACCAGCCGGAAAUCAAAGUCCAGCCGGUACCAAUUUUAUGCAGGGUCCACCACGUGGUGGCGGUCCUGGUGUAGGUCCUAAUGCAACAGGUGGUUCAUCAAAUGGUCCACCUAAUAUGUCAGCACAACAAAUGCCAACGCAACAACAACAACAGCAACAGCAGCAACAAACGAAUGCACAGCAACGAGCAGGCGCACAAGGUGGGCCACAAGUAGGCGGUGCUGCUGGUACAACACAAUCCACACAAAAUGGUCCUGGUAUGGGUACUAACACGCAACAAACUGGACCAAAUAUGCAACAACAGCAACAAAAUGCAACAACAACAACCUUGCAAAUGAAACAAACACAACAGUUGCACAUAAGCCAACAGGGUGGUGCGCAUGGUAUACAGUCGUCAACAUGUGGCUCUUUGCUCUUCAUAUGA